GAGAAAGUAUUGGAGUACAUGUGCGGAAGGUGCGGUUUGGUUCGAUUGUGGAGGGCCUCAGAACCAUACAAAGCGCACCGUCGCUGUUCUCUCUCCUCACGAGUAUUUUGGAAUGUAAUAAGUGGGAGGAGUGAAUUGUAGCUUCCUGCUUCCCUCUCUGUCUCUCUCUCUCCCCUCGGUUUGCACUCUCUCUUACCUACCAUAACUCCAAAAUUACUAACCAGUACUUGAACAAAAUUCGACCUCCGCCCUUCUCUCUCUAUCUCUACCUCUACCUCUACCUCUACCUCUACAUGGGCGAUGGCCUCUCCCCCUCUUCCUCUUCCUUCCUCCUCCGACUUCGAGUUCACCGUCUCUCUCUCCCCUACCUCCCCCAUCACCUCCCGCUUCUGCCCAGCCGAUGAGCUCUUCUUCAAAGGCCAACUCCUCCCUCUCCACCUCCCUCCUCGCCUCUUAAUGCUCCACUCUCUUUCUCUCUCUACAAGCCCACCCAACCAGGCCACCUCAAAUUCAUCCGAUACUGAUUCCAAUAGCCUCUGGAGCAAAUCCUCUGAUUCUUCCAGCUCUCGACACUCCAAUGGAAGCCUCAAGACUCUCUCUCUUCCCCCCGCCCAUAGCACCUCCCUCUCUCUCUCUGCUCGAUCCAGCAACGCCACUGAGGAAGAUGGCAGAGCCGCUCGCCUCUCUCUCUCUCUCUCCUCUCUCAAGAAGCUCAAAACUCGCUUCUCCUCUGUUUUUCGGGCGAAACCCGAAAAGCCCACCAAACCAAAGUCCCCCAUUGAUGUCAUCCAGAGGUACCUCAGAAAAGUGAAGCCCCUCUGCGAGAGGAUCUCGCAGAAACAGAGGGUGAGAGAGAGGAGCGAGAAAGAAGAGAGGGAUUCGGGGUUCGAGAGUUGCAGAAGGUAUUCGAUUUCUUUCUCUGGAAACUUGGGGUAUUCGGAGAUGGGAAGAAGGAGAAGGAGAGCGAGCGGGCUCUCUUAUUCAUUUGGAAGUUGCCCUUCUUCGAUGAGGUCUUCUCCUACUCACAGUGGCCUUCUCGGUAGAUCGUCAUGUCCUGUUUCUCACUCUUCUCUUGAUAGUAGCAUGGAGGAGUUGCAGAGCGCCAUUCAAGGUGCCAUUAAUCACUGUAAGAGGACACAGGAAGUUAAGAUCUGAGCUUUAAUGGUGCAAAUUUCACGGAGAAGUAACUUGGGUUUUGAGGGGAGAGAGAAGUGGGUUGAAGGUUUUUCUGGUGCUUGAAGCUGCGUUGGUUGGCCUCUGUAAUGAAACAACCAUUACUGUUUAGAGAGAGAAAAAUAAAGCUAUGAAUUUUUUUUUCCUUUCCAUGUCUGUAAUUUGUGUAAAAGAUUAAUUCUCAAUGUUGGGUUCUGGUGCAUGGA